UAAAUAUAUAAUAGUUGAAUAAAGGUCAGAACGAGAUUAGAUAACAUCAUUAUUUAUUUGAUUUAUUAUUUGAAAGUAACAUUAUAAUAGUAUGUAAUGUAGUAUAGCCAGUGUAAAAGAACAAAAUUAAAAUGGCUGAAGUAGCAAUUGUUGGAUGUGGUAUAAUAGGUAUGACCACGGCGAUGUGUUUGCAGGAGAGAUAUCCAACUUUAAGGUUAACAAUUUUCGCUAAGGAAACGAGUCCUAAUACUACAAGUGACGUAGCAGCUGGUUUCUGGGAACCCUUUAUUGUUGGAAAUACUUCCGAAGAAAAAAUUAAAUUGUGGUCUGGAACGACUUACAAACAACUUUUAAAAUGGUGGAGAGAAGGUAAAGCAAAAGAAUACGGAAUAUGUCUACUGCCAGCGCUGUUCUUUACAGAAGAGACAGAAUUCAGACUUCCCGCUUGGUUGGACGAAACUUUGGGUUAUCAAAAAUUAUCUCAAAGUACUCUAAACGACAUGAGUCAAAAGUACAACUUAAAACUGAACAACGGAUUUACUUUUAUUAGUUUUACUUGGGAGGCGUCCAUUGCUCUGCCUUAUUUUCAACAGAAAUUUACGGAAAAUGGUGGAAAAAUUGUGAUAAGAGAAAUUAAUUCGUUAGAUGAUUUAUCAUCAUUUGAUGUUGUAGUCAACUGUACCGGAUUGGGUUCCAGAAAUUUUGUUAGUGAUAGUUCAGUAGAGCCAGUUAGAGGACAGAUAGAAAAGGUCCAAGCACCGUGGCAGUUUCUGAUUAAAAUUAUUAACAGCGAUGAAAAAUUGGGAUAUAUUAUCCCAAACACAAACGAAUGCACUUUAGGUGGGACUGCAAUUAAGACGUUUGACAAAUCUUUUAAUGAAACUCAGAAGGAAACAAUAAAAAGAAAUUGCAUUGAAAUGUCCCCGUCGUUGAGCUCUGCCAAAACCUUGAGGCAUUUAGUCGGAUUACGUCCAGCCAGAAAAGAGGUUCGUCUCAAAAUUGAAACAAUAAUUAAUGGACGAGAAAAGACGAUAAAAGUGAUUCACAACUAUGGACACGGAGGUGCGGGCGUUACAUUAUCGUUGGGAUGUGCGAAAGAAGUAGCGGAUUUGUUAAAUGUCGUUUUGAAUAGGCAUAAAUUGUAAAAUUUGAGUUUUAUAUUAUUUAUGUUGUGAAAUUUAAGUUGUAGAAUUUAAGUUGUAAAAUUGUAGUAACUUUCAAGUACUAAAAUUUAAGUAUUAAAAUUUAAGUACUAAAAUUUAAAUAAUAGAAUUUAAGU